GCGAAACGAAAGAAGCAUCUCCUCAUUUACAGUUGGUAUGGACAUUUCAUCACUUCCAUGGUCCUCUCUUCUCCUCACUGCUGCUUCACUCAUGUUAUUCCUCUUUCUAUGGAGAAGGGAGAGAAGUAGGACAAGGCCUUCUCUUCCUCUUCCUCCUGGACCUCCUGCUUGGCCUAUUGUGGGAAACCUCUUUCAGCUAGGAAAAAGGCCUCACGAGUCUCUCUAUGCCCUCUCUCUCAAAUACGGCCCACUCAUGUCUCUGCAUCUGGGCAUGAAAAUAACAGUGGUCGCCUCCUCUCCUGCCAUGGCCAAAGACCUCCUCAAAACACACGACCACCUCCUUACCGGGCGGACGGUAAUUGAAGCAGCCAAGUCGCUUUCCCAUCACAAGUCCUCUCUAGCUUGGGGUGAAUACGGUCCUUACUGGCGUAAUCUCCGACGAAUUUCAACUGUUGAGCUUUUUAGCACCAAAAGACUCGAAGCUCUGCAACACCUCAGAAGAGAUCAAGUAUUUAAGAUGACUCGACUCAUUUUCGAGGACAAGGGAAAAGUUGUGGAUAUCGCGCAUACGGUUUUCUGCACCUCUCUGAAUUUGUUAGGCAACAUGAUCUUCAGCACAAGCGUCUUCGAUCCGCACAAUCCAGCUUCUGCGGAGCUCAAAGAUAACGUGUGGGAAAUACUGAAGCUCGGCGGAAUACCCAAUUUGGUCGACUUUUUUCCGUUUCUCCGGUUCCUCGACCCGCAAGGCGUGUCCCGGGAGACGGCCAGGCAUUUGAAGGCCAUGUAUGAGUUUUCCGAUGGAUUCAUACAGAAAAGGCUCGACACCACAAGCCAAAGCGUUGAGCGAAAUCACUCUGAGAAGGAUUUUCUGGAUGUUCUGCUGGGUUUCAGAAGUGAAGAUUUCACUUUAUCUGGUAUUCGAGCCCUGAUAGCUGAAUUAUUUCUUGCAGGUACUGAAACGUCGACUACAACAAUAGAAUGGGUCAUGGCAGAAUUCAUUCGCAAUCCAAAGAAAUUAAGCAAAGUCCGAGAAGAACUGGAUGAAGUUGUUGGUUGCAAGCGAAGAGUUGAAGAAUCCGACUUAGAUCGUCUGCCAUAUCUCCAUGCAGCUGUGAAAGAAGUAUUCCGAUUGCAUCCGGCGAGUCCUCUGCUGUUACCCCGCAAAGCCGGAAGCUCCUUCGAGAUCGAUGGAUUUGUGAUACCCAAAGACAGCGAGGUGAUGGUGAACGUGUGGGCCAUUGGGAGGGACCCUUCAAUCUGGAAGAAUCCAGUGGAAUUUAUGCCCGAGAGAUUUUUGGAGGGUGAGAGUACGAAGAUAGAAUACAAUGGAAAAAACUUUGAGCUUAUUCCAUUUGGAGCGGGGAGAAGAAUUUGCCCGGGGCUUCCAUUGGCGAGCCGUAUGAUUCAUUUGGUUUUGGCUUCUUUACUCCAUUCGUUUGAAUGGAUACUUCCGGAUGGGAUGAGUUGUGAAGAGAUGGACAUGAGCGACGAGUUUGGACUUGCUUUAAAGAAGGCUACAGAUUUACAGGCAAUUCCCAUACCCCGUCUCCCACAUCAUAUCUACUAGCCUCUAAUCUAACCUAUUAAAUCAGUACUAUGGAGAUUCCACAAUGUAAGGAUUUCCCUGUUUAUAGUUUCUAUGGAGAUUCCAUCGCUUUCUUGCUAUUCUAAACUCGUUACUGCUGGUUCACUGUUUUUAUUAUUCUUUCUAUGGAGAACUCUUGUGGGUAGGAAGAAAGAGAUGUCAGAAGUCUGUGUUUGUUGUUUUUUGUAAUGGCAUGCAUAGAUAUGGCUGUACGAUGUGAGAUCAAAAUAAAAAAAAUUCACCGACUGAGACGUGAUGACCCAGAGUCAUAAUAGGCGUGCUACACAAUAUUUGUUAUGUGUGGAAAAAUGUACAAGACGUUUACUAUUUAUAAUUAAAAAGGAAAAUCUGUCGAGAUCGUCA